CUGAUCUGCAGUGUCGAACGAAACGUGUUCUGCUAGUAACUAGUACGCUAUUUUUCAACCGUUUGUAGUGCUCUACUCCAAAGAUAUCACACCACACAGUGCAAUCAUGAAGUGCAUCGUAGUUCUUGUCCUUGCCGCAACUGCACUGGUAGCUGAAGGAUCCGUGAUCCCGCUAGCUCUCGCACCAGGAUAUGCGAUCGCUGCUCCGGCCGGACUUGCCGUUCCUGGUGCAACUGUCGUCCAGUCUAAUCCGGCUCCCACGAUCGUUCAUGCUUGGCCGGCACCGAUCGCGUUAGAUGUGUCCGGAACGCCCACACUGCUCUUGGCGCCAUCACCUGCUGGUCCAGCUGUAGUUGCCCUUGCUCCGGCUCCUGCUGCUACGGCCGUUUCGGCGACUCGUGGUGCGGUUCAUGUAGCACCCCUGCCAGGACACUCAGUCUCCCAGACGCAAUUGAAUCUGGCCCCAGCUCCUGGAUCUGAGUAG